UAUUCCACAACAGUAAUCUAUACUUCCUGUAGAGUUCCUGCAGACAACGAGCAACUCGUACCAUGUCCCAUUUGCUAAAGCUCGCAGGUAGGAGGGCAGCUGUUCCCGGCGCGAGGCUCUCGGGUCUGUGGAGGUUUUGUCUGCGUCAGAGCAGUCGUGGGGCCGCCUCUACAGCCACUGCGGACGAACAGGCCGCCCCAGAAGAGGCAGUCCGGCCUUAUGAGGAGAUUCCCGGUCCGAAAGGCCUCCCCUUCAUCGGUACGUCGCUGGACUACAGUCCGUUCGGGCGUUUUCCAGUACAGACAAAAAUAGGCCAUUCUAUAAUUGCCAGGUACCAGACGUACGGAAAGAUCUACCGGGAGAAGUUUGGUCCAAACCCGGAAUCAGUGUUCGUGUGUGACCCGAAGGACAUCGCGACGGUUUUCCGAAGCGACGGACCGUUCCCCGAGCGGCCUGUUAUAAACUCCAUCGUAACAUACCGCAAUAUGAGAAAAAAGUCCGUGGGCCUUGCAAAUCUAACGGGGGAAGACUGGCGCCGCGUCCGAAGUUCCGUCAACAAGGACAUGAUGCGUCCCAAGUCCGUCGGUGUGUACGCGCCCAUGCAGGACGAGGUGUCCAGGGAUCUGGUCGGGCUGAUACAGACCGCUGUACGGAAGGGCGACAGCGGUGGUCAAGUGAACAACUUGAUGAACUUACUGCGUAAAUGGGGACUUGAAUCUUUGAGCCUGGUGGUUCUGGGAAAACGGUUGGGCUGUCUGACCCUGGAUCAACUGGCUGAAGACUCUGACGCCCAGCGGAUGAUCUCAGCGAUCCUUGAGUUCUUUGUGUACUUCACCAAGCUCGAAAUGUCACCUCCCGUCUUCAAGUACAUCAGCACGCCGGCUUGGAAGAAGUUUGUGAGAGCUAGUGACACGAUGUAUGGUAUUGCAGAAAAGAUGGUCGGAGAAAGGGUAGCGGAACUCCGGAAAAUGGAGGCGCCACCUGAGGAGACAGAUUUUCUGUUUAACCUCCUGUCCCAGAAAGACAUGACGAUGGACGAGGCGGUCAUGACGUCAAUUGAGUUGAUAACUGCUGGUGUUGAUUCGACAGCGAACACUCUGGCCUUCAAUCUGUACUGCCUGGCGAAGAAUCCUGCUGCCCAACAAAAACUGUACGAGGAGAUCACGGAGGUUGUUCCACCAGGGCAGCCCAUAGACGACAGGGUGCUGAACAAGAUGCACUACCUCCGUGCUGUGGUCAAGGAGACAUCCAGGGUUUACCCGACUAACUUCUUCAACGGAAGGAUCCUGGCGCGUGACGUUGUGCUGUCGGGCUAUCGCGUACCUGCUAAAACUCGGGUUGUAUUUGCACACAACGUCAUCAGCGCACAUCCGGAGUAUUAUCCGGAACCGGAAUCGUACAUACCGGAGAGGUGGCUCCGGACUGAGUCAUCAACAAAUGUCCAGACAUUCGCCGUUCUGCCUUUUGGCUAUGGACCAAGGAUGUGCCUCGGUCGGCGAUUUGCGGAACAAGAACUAUUUCUGGGCCUUUCCAGGAUCAUCCAAAUGUUCCAUGUUGGUUGGGACGGAGAGGAUAUGAAGCAGAUUUUUAAGAUCCUCAAUACUCCAGACAGAGAUACGUUCACCUUCCGAGAGAGACAACAACGAGCAACUCGUACCAUGUCCCAUUUGCUAAAGCUCGCAGGUAGGAGGGCAGCUGUCCCCGACGCGAGGCUCUCGGGUCUGUGGAGGUUUUGUCUGCGCCAGAGCAGUCGUGGGGCCGCCUCUACAGCCACCGCGGAUGAACAGGCCGCCCCAGAAGAGGCAGUCCGGCCGUUUGAGGAGAUUCCCGGUCCGAAAGGCCUCCCCUUCAUCGGUACGUCGCUGGACUACAGUCCGUUCGGGCGUUUUCCAAUACACACAAAAAUUAUGCAGUCCACAAUUGAAAGGUAUCAGACGUACGGAAAGAUCUACCGGGAGAAGUUUGGAAGUUUGGAAGCUGUUUUCGUGUGUGACCCGAAGGACAUCGCGACGGUUUUCCGAAGCGACGGACGACUCCCCGAACGACCUAUCUCAAACUCCAACUUAACAUACCGCAAGAUGAGACAGAAGCCCCUAGGCGUUGGGAACCUACAGGGGGAAGAAUGGUACCGCGUCCGAAGUUCCGUCAACAAGGACAUGAUGCGUCCCAAGCCCGUCGGUGUGUACGCGCCCAUGCAGGACGAGGUGUCCAGGAUUCUGGCCGGGCUGAUACAGACCGCUGUACGGAAGGGCGACAGCGGUGGCCAGGUGAACAGCUUCAUGAACACACUGCACAGAUGGGGACUUGAGUCUUUGAGCUUGGUGGUUCUGGGAAAACGGUUGGGCUGUCUGAACCUGGAUCAACUGUCUGAAGACUCUGACGCCCAGCGGAUGAUCUCAGCGAUCCUCGACUUCUUUUUCUACUUCGCCAAGCUCGAAAUGUCACUUCCCGUGUACAAGUACAUCAGCACACCGGCUUGGAAGAAGUUUGUGAGAGCUAAUGACACGAUGAUUAGUAUUUCAGAACAGAUGAUCAGAGAGAGGCUGGAGGAACUCCGCAAAAUGGACGGGCCACCGGAGGAGACAGACUUUCUGUUCAACCUCCUGUCCCAGAAAGACAUAACGUUGGACGAGGCCGUCAUGAUGGCGGUUGAGUUGCUUACUGGUGCAGUUGAGUCGACUGCAAACACCCUGGCCUUCAAUCUGUACUGCCUGGCGAAGAAUCCAGCUGCCCAACAAAAACUGUACGAGGAGAUCACGGAAGUUGUUCCACCAGGGCAGCCCAUAGACGACAGGGUGUUGAACAAGAUGCACUACCUUCGUGCUGUGGUCAAGGAAACAUUUAGGGUUUGCCCACCCCUCCCUUUCAACGGAAGGAUCCUGAACCGUGACGUUGUGCUGUCAGGCUAUCGUGUACCUGCUAAAAGUUCCUGCAGACAACGAGCAACUCGUACCAUGUCCCAUUUGCUAAAGCUCGCAGGUAGGAGGGCAGCUGUCCCCGACGCGAGGCUCUCGGGUCUGUGGAGGUUUUGUCUGCGUCAGAGCAGUCGUGGGGCCGCCUCUACAGCCACCGCGGAUGAACAGGCCGCCCCAGAAGAGGCAGUCCGGCCGUUUGAGGAGAUUCCGGGUCCGAAAGGCCUCCCCUUUUUUGGUUCGGCGCUGGACUACAGUCCGUUCGGGCGUUUUCCAAUACAUACGAAAUUGGGCCAUUCCACAAUUGAAAGGUACCAGACGUACGGAAAGAUCUAUCGGGAGAAGUUGGGCCCACGCCGGCAUACGGUGUUCGUGUGUGACCCGAAGGACAUCGCGACGGUUUUCCGAAGCGACGGACGGUACCCCGAGCGGCCUAUUAUAAACGCCCUGAACACAUACCGCGCAGUGAGAAAGAAGCCCAAAGGUCUUGCCAAUCUACAGGGAGAAGACUGGCGCCGCGUCCGAAGUUCCGUCAACAAGGACAUGAUGCGUCCCAAGUCCGUCGGUGUGUACGCGCCCAUGCAGGACGAGGUGUCAAAGGAUCUGGCCGGGCUGAUACAGACCGCUGUACGGAAGGGUGACAGCAGUGGCCAAGUGAACAACUUCAUGAACUUACUGCACAAAUGGGGACUUGAGUCUUUGAGCCUGGUGGUUCUGGGAAAACGGUUGGGCUGUCUGAACCUGGAUCAACUGGCUGGAGACUCUGACGCCCAGCGGAUGAUCUCAGCGAUCCUCGAGCUCUUUUUCUAUCUCGCUAAGCUGGAAAUGUCACCUCCAGUGUACAAGUACAUCAGCACGCCGGCUUGGAAGAAGUUUGUGAGAGCAUUGGACACGAUGAAUAGUGUUGCAGGAAAGAUGGUCGGAGAAAAGCUAGCGGAACUCCGCAAAAUGGACGCGCCACCUGAGGAGACAGAUUUUUUGUUUAACCUCAUGUCCCAGAAAGACAUGGCGAUGGACGAGGUGAUCAUGAUGGCGAUUGGGUUGAUAAUUGGUGGUGUUGAUUCGACAGGGAACACGAUGGCCUUUAAUCUUUACUUCUUGGCGAAAAAUCCCGCUGCCCAACAAAAACUGUACGAAGAGAUCACGGAGGUUGUUCCACCAGGGCAGCCCAUAGACGACAGGGUGCUGAACAAGAUGCACUACCUUCGCGCUGUGGUCAAGGAGACAUUCAGGCUUUACCCGACCACCUUCUUCAACACAAGGAUCCUGAAUCGUGACGUUGUGCUGUCAGGCUAUCGCGUACCUGCUAAAACUCAGGUUAUCAUGGCACAUAACGUUAUCAGCAGGCAGCCGGAGUAUUAUCCGGAACCGGAAUCGUACAUGCCGGAGAGGUGGCUCCGGACUGAGUCAUCAACAAAUGUCCAGGCAUUCGCCCUUCUGCCUUUUGGCUAUGGACCAAGGAUGUGCAUCGGUCGGCGCUUUGCGGAACAAGAACUAUUUCUUGGUCUUACCAGGAUCAUCGAAAAGUUCCAUGUUGGUUGGGACGGAGAGGAUAUGAAGCAGAUUUUUAAGAUCCUCAAUACUCCAGACAGAGAUACGUUCAUCUUCCGAGAGAGACAGUAAAGACUAGUUUCGGGAUUGGGUCA